CACAGUCAGCAUUGGGAUUCACGUCUUUAUCGAAACUGAUCUGUAAUAUCUUUCAAAAUGAGCGGAAGAGGCAAAACCGGUGGCAAGGCCAGAGCAAAGGCCAAGUCUCGUUCAUCCAGGGCUGGACUGCAGUUCCCUGUUGGGCGUGUGCACAGACUGCUGCGUAAAGGCAACUAUGCCCAGCGUGUGGGAGCUGGUGCGCCCGUUUAUUUGGCUGCUGUGCUCGAGUACCUGACGGCUGAGAUUUUGGAGUUGGCAGGUAACGCUGCCCGUGACAACAAGAAGACCCGUAUCAUUCCCCGUCAUCUGCAGCUUGCUGUGCGUAACGACGAGGAGUUGAACAAACUCCUCGGUGGAGUGACCAUCGCUCAGGGUGGUGUGCUGCCUAACAUCCAGGCUGUGCUGCUACCCAAGAAGACUGAGAAGUCCAAGUAA